AUGGAAGAUCUGCAGAAUGAACAGGCCUCAGGCGACCCGAAGGGCAAAUCCACCAAAAGGACAGCAAAUUCGUAUAGCACGGAGGAAUGGAAAAUUCACCGACCCACCAUUACCAAAAUGUACUUCGACGAGGGUCGGACGCUCAAGGAGGUCCGUGAUUAUCUCGAGAGGGAAUAUGGAUUCACACCUAGUGAACGAAUGUACAAAAGCCGACUGCACUCCUGGGGUCUCGACAAGAAGAAAAAAGAGCACGAAAUGCUGGAGAUAGUCCGCCAGGGCGAGCAAGAGGGCGCUUCUAAGACGAAGAUCUACGAAAUACGUGGUCGUGCCGUAUCACUUGCAGAUGCAUGGCACUACUUCGCCCGGAAAGGCAUCAAAGAUCCGACGACGUUGCUGAAAGAUGGAUUGACUCGGAUAAAUACCAAUGUGUCAUCGCCCGAUGAAGAGGAUGUGAGGACGCCGCUGUCCGCAAAUGGUGAUUUCGGCGACUCCGCCACUGGAUUUCGCUCUGAUACUGGCUACGGGUUUCCGGGGUCCCAUCAGCCUACAGCACUCUCACUCAAGCCGCCACCCCAUAUACCGAUGUUUGCGAAGCCCACGGAUUUUGCUGAGCAUACACUGGUAGCGCUGAUGGGUGCGCUCAACAUCUCUGAACUCAAGCCUCUGCCAGCAUUUCGGACACUGGACGUGGAGUCAGUUGUUCCUCCGCCGACGAAAGUGCCACGGGAAGCUUGGUACAUACAGAAUGUGGUAAAGGCCUUGCAACAGCACUACCGUGAACUCUUCGACGCGCGUGGUAUGUCCGUCGCCAAUCCAUGGACGGCAUCCUCAGAAUCAGGGCUUGCAGACCAGUUCCACACCCACGUAUAUCAUGGCUACUCGAAUCUCUACAACGGUAGCCACGAUCUUGCACACCAAGAGUUCCAAACAGCCUCGAAAAUGGUGCCCGACUUAGUACAGGGCCAUGAGGUGGGCUUUCUGAUUCUACUCCUCGAUCUCAUCAUGAGGUAUGAUGGCAACGGAAACGAACAAUAUCUCCUACAAAUCUUGGGCUACAUCGCCGAAUGCGCACGUACCUUCUACAACUCAGAAGAGAAGCCAGUCUACAAAAUUGCGACACUGUUCCGCAGUUGCGACACUGGCCGAGCUGAUGUCGCAGAGGCCGCAACCCGGAAACUUCUCGAUUUCUUCGAAGACAGCAUCGGCUACUUCCACCAGGAAACCAUCGCUGUCGUACAAAUCUUCGGUAAUGGACUCAUCAACCGCAGUCGCUGGGCAGAAGCAGCCGUCCGCUUCCUGCAAUUAGUCGACGCAUUUGAGACUACCAUCGGCAAAUGCAACUACGAGGUUUGCUACGCGCUCCGAAGCACUUCCGAGGUCUACUUUCACAAUGACCAGUACGUCGAGGCGGCACAAGCACUCAAGAUGGCGCUCGAACGCGGCAGGGACCUGCCGAUCCUUCAAGAGCGCGAGAUCUACGUCCGGUGCCUGCGUGGCAUGGCUGAGAUCUGGCGGAAAUUAGGUCGCCAACAAGAGGCUAUCGAGACGAUGCAGUACGGGCGCGAUGCGACGGCCGAGGCUUUUGGGUCCGAUCACCCCUUCACUGAGCGGGCUGAGAUGCACUUGAAGUCGAUCGUCAAGGGCUGGGUAGAGGUGGCGCGGCGGCGAAUAAUCUUUGGACGACAAGGACGAGUCCGACCCGGCUGGAGCCAUGAAACACAAGACUUGGAGCGAGAAGUCGAUGACAGACGCAAGGAUGAGAUCACGAAGCACACGACUGGACGAUAA